UGAAGCUGCUUGUUGCCUGUUGAUCGGAUGUUAACGCGCUAUCUGAUCCAUGGACAAACCAGCCCUGGAUCAGGUAGACAGACUAAAGCGUGACGGACAAUUCCUCGAUCAGAGAACAGAUCGACUCUUCAAUGACGGAAGCCCAAAGUCAAGCCAUCAUGGAUUGUUGGUUCGGAACUGCCAAGCCCAUUGUGAACCAGAAGCGCACAUGGGGAGAAGACAGAGCUGAAGGUCCUCGUGACCCGGAAAUCACCGCACGAGGGAGCAGGAGAUCUGGAUGCUUCGAUUGUGUAGCGGAGAAUCAGGAUUGUUUUGCGAUAGGGUGGGAUGAAACAAGGAGAUGGAUAGUCAAGCUUCAAAUGGCAGAUGCGGCCAGGGUGGUUGCGCAAGGUGGGAGCUUGAUUGCACUGCACGGAUGUAUGUCUUGGUCAUCUAGACAUGUGUAUGUCGAUAGAGAAGAGCGUUGGUAUAUCAAGAUGAAAUAUACUUCAUUCUAUAUAUCGCAACUGCUGUUGAUGAACAAAGAUCAAUGAACACACAGUGUGAAAUGAAGCGAGAGAUGGAGCAUCCAGGGUGACGACGGGUCGCAGUGCAGACCAAAUGAUCCACAGUCAAAAGCCACAAAAAACAGAGAUUCAAAAAAAAAAAAAGAAAAAAAGAGGAGACGAAAGCUAAGAAUCGCUUAACCUGUCUAGCAGCGCGAGGAAUGCGCAUAGACCAG